UAUGGACGCUUACGGAUUCUGAACGAUGGUGACACGAUAUCCACAAGUAACCUUUGUCUGACAUUGGGAGACGAUCACAGAGACGCCUCUCAUGUCCGUUAUCAACUCCUUGUUGACAAAUACGCACACCAGCGUCGUCGGGCGCCAGAAUAUGAAGACCACACGUUUUACGGACAGUUACAGCAUAUUUUUGUGUUACGUCUGCCCGCCUCUCAGACCCUCGGGAUCAAGAAAGACGAGACAGUGUUAUUCGCGGUAAUCCGGACCUGUGACGUUACUCGUAGGCAUCCCCGACUCGAUAUCCACUACUACGAACGAACCGGACGUCUUGAGGUCGUUGAUGUCACAGCUAUUCAAUGCCUUGUGGGACGUAUUCCGGUGCCGACUAGCAACGAAUGGGCUAUCAUUGAUCGGAGUGGGACUCUUGCUCGGGCAGUGUAUGCC